UUCUUUCUAACUAUAAAAUUGGGCCGUGUUUCCGAUGAAGGUCAAUGAGGCCCAACAGUUAGUGAUAUACUCGCGCCUCCGCCUCGCUUUACCAUCAGAUCGCCGCCGCCGCUCCCUUGGCUGUCGUCGCCGGUCCCUCUCUCUCCCGAGCGAUGGAGGAGAAAGUGUACCCUAGUUUCUCUCUCUCGAGUCUGGGAUUUGGGCCAUCCGCAUCUUCACGAAACCCCCUUCCGCCAUCGCCGGCUCCUGUGGAAGUUCUCAUCACCGAGGAGGAAUCGCUGUUGGAAUCAAGUGUGGAGCCUAUAGUUAUCGCCGAUGGGCUUACUCUUCAUAAGGGAAGAGUAAGUACCUCUGAUGUGUUCGGGUUGGCCAACUCAGAUUUAGUUCCAGGAAAAUAUGAAGGGGGUUUGAAGCUGUGGGAAGGUUCACUUGAUCUUGUUAAGAGACUGCAUUCUGAGGUCCACAAAGGCGAGUUAGUUCUCAGAGGAAAAAGUGUUUUAGAGCUUGGAUGCGGUCAUGGACUUCCAGGGAUCUUUGCAGGCCUUGAGGGCGCAUCAGUCAUUCACUUUCAAGACUUUAAUGCUGAGGUGCUUCGCAAUCUAACCAUCCCAAAUGUGAAAGUCAAUGUACAGAAACACUUAAACCAACAUGAAUCAUUGCCUAUAAACAAGUCGUCAACUCCCAGAACCCCUAGCGUUCGUUUCUUUGCUGGUGAUUGGAAUGAAGUCCAUCAGCUUCUACUCUGCCGUUCUAAUUCUGGUCAACAAACAGCAACAGUUUCUGGUUCAGAGGGAAAAUUAUAUGAUGGUUACGAUGUCAUUUUGAUGGCAGAAACUGUGUAUGAACCGUCCUCCCUUAGUAGUCUCUAUGCACUUGGCAAAAAGUGUUUGCAACAUCCUCUUGGAGUAAUCUAUAUGGCAGGAAAGAAGCAUUAUUUCGGAGUUGGUGGUGGUACAAGGCAAUUUGUAAAUUUGGUUGAAGAAGAUGGUGUAAUGACAGCUUCUUUGCUUGCUGAGGUUGCUGAUGGUUCAUCCAAUGUGCGGGAAGUGUGGAAAUUCAUGUUCAAAUAGAUUGACAAUAGAAGAAAAUGAACCAUAUACAUGAUGCUCCACUGCUUCCAUCUAAGGGAUUCCAAUUUUCUCGUGCAUUGUCCAGCACACAUUGGGGCACCAUAUCAGACAAGAAUUCCAUAAAAGUAUCAAUACUAUGCGUGUUGAAUAGCAUUGUCCUCACUGUGUGAGAUGGAGGAAGCUGUUUUAGCCCAUUUGUAUGAGGUCCGAUACCAGUCAAGAUCAUGUUCUGAGACACAGGGGAAGGUCCUAAUUCACCUCCAUUCGGAGAAUUAUCUGAAAAGAUGGUCAGGGAGACACUACUCAUAAACAUCAACAUUUGAGUAUCAGAGAGAUGAUGCUCCACUGCUUCCAUCUAAGGGAUUCCAAUUUUCUCGUGCAUUGUCCUGCAUACAUUGGGGCACCAUAUCAGAUAAGAAUUCCAUAAAAGUAUGGAUACUGUGCGUAUUGAAUAUAACAUUGUCCUCACUGUGUGUGAUGGAGGAAGCUGUUCUAGCCCAUUUGUAUGAGGUCCAGUACCAGUCAAGAUCAUGUUCUGAGACACAAGGGAAGGUCCUAAUUCACCUCCACUCAGAGAAUUACCUGAAAAGAUGGUCAGGGAGAGACUACUCAUAAACAUCAUAUGAUGCUCCACUGCUUCCAUCUAAGGGAUUCCAAUUUUCUCGUGCAUUGUCCUGCACACAUUGGGGCACCAUAUCAGAUAAGAAUUCCAUAAAAGUAUGGAUACUGUGUGUAUUGAAUAACAUUGUCCUCACUAUGUGUGAUGGAGGAAGCUGUUCUAGUCCAUUUGUAUGAGGUUCAGUAUCAGUCAAGAUCAUGUUCUGAGACACAAGGGAAGGUCCUAAUUCACCUCCACUCAGAGAAUUACCUGAAAAGAUGUCAGGGAGACACUACUCAUAAACAUCAACAUAUGAUGCUCCACUGCUUCCAUCUAAGGGAUUCCAAUUUUCUCGUGCAUUGUCCUUCACACAUUGGGGCACCAUAUCAGAUAAGAAUUCCAUAAAAGUAUGGUUACUGUGUGUAUUGAAUAACAUUGUCCUCACUAUGUGUGAUGGAGGAAGCUGUUCUAGCCCAUUUGUAUGAGGUUCAGUACCAGUCAAGAUCAUGUUCUGAGACACAAGGGAAGGUCCUAAUUCACCUCCACUCAGAGAAUUACCUGAAAAGAUGUCAGGGAGACACUACUCAUAAACAUCAAUAUGUGAGUAUUGGAGAGGUGUAUUAAUGUGUUUAUGUCUCACUUUCUUACGAGGAUAUUCUUAUGAUAAAUAGGACUACUUACCAUUUUGUUGUACUGCAAUGAUUCUGUUGGAUGAUGCUUCACUCCUCCUAUGGAAGAGAUUCGAAUUUUCUCGUUCAUUGUCCUGCACACAUUGGGGCACCAUAUCAGAUAAGAAUUCCAUAAAAGUAUCAAUACUAUGCGUGUUGAAUAGCAUUGCCCUCACUAUGUGAGAUGGAGGAAGCUGUUCUAGCCCAUUUGUAUGAGGUCUAGUAUCAGUCAAGAUCAUGUUUUGAGACACAAGGGAAGGUCCUAAUUCACCUCCACUCAGAGAAUUACCUGAAAUGAUGGUCAGGGAGACACUAUUCAUAAACAUCAACAUGUGAGUAUUGGAGAGGUGUAUUAUUGUGUUUAUGUCGCAUACCAUAAAAUCUCUCCAAAUUGUCCCCCUUGUUGUAUGCCUCCAAUACCCACUCCUUCACACAUUCCUAAAGGUGUUUGUAAGGCGUGCCGUUGACACUUUGGACUUCACAAAUAGAGUUCAAGAUGAGAUCAAAAGUCCCCCUGCUAUACAUGUAGAGAACCUCUCCCCUGUUGCAGGUUUUUGCAUGCUCGACAGUUUCAUUCAACAUUUUCCUCGGCAUAUUUGUAAUCUAACAACAACAGAGACUUUGGGAUCAUGAAUGCACUUAUUGAGAUACUUGAACCCCUGGAGAGUGCAUAUGUUCAACUUACCUUUUGAAGGUGCUCCUGAUCAACAACUGCAAGCUUGAGGAAAUCUUUCACAGUGGUAAUGUUGCGAGCAGCCAGUCUCUUCAUGAAUUCACCAUUCAGUCUAAUGUUUUCCAGCUUGAAUACCUUAUCAUCCAGAGAUGGGGGGUAGCUUUUCUGAUGCUCUGGAAAAGAAAGACAUUCCUCUUUCAGUAUGCAAUCGGGUUACAUCAUGAAAUGCUCUGUUACGUCUAGGAUUGUUAGAUCUAGAGAGGUACACUGAAAGAAGGUAGACUUACGUUUGCUUCGUUCAACUAAAACUUUAAAGCAUUCUGUAACUGCUGGUUUGAUCUCCCAGCCGACAUGGCUGCUAGAGGAAACUUUGGCGCCUAACUUAAACUUGCCGGAUUUGGCCAAAGUGGAACUAUCAGUGAGCUUGAUACCUCCAAAAGAAGCAAUGCCUUCAUGCAAUCUGGCCUUGUAGGCUCCUAAGAGCAAUGGCUUCUUUCCUUCCCGUUCCUUCAAUAUUUUGCUAUUGAAUUCCUCAGUACUCCACUCGCCGCUGCUAUUACUGGGAAACUCUCCAUCAACAACCACUAUCUCUACUUCAACAGGGAAUUCAAGAGGCGGGCUAUAUAUUUGUCCAGAUUCAAUUUGCCUAAGGGCAACCUGGAGAUUGUUACGAUCCUCAUCUUUGAUAAGAUCCUCAGCGAAGAAGGUUGGUUGGAGCAGCUUCUUUUGGAAGGAGAGUUGCAGCUUUGGUGCUGCUGGCCCAGCUUCUUUGAUAGGCAGUCUGGGAGAUCUACAGGGCACGAGAAUGAUUUCUAAAUGACAAACGAAACAUUAGACAAAAGGGGAUUUCAUGAAUUGUACCUCAGUAAGGGGUCUGCAUGAGCAAUCAGAGGUUCCAUCUGCUGAACCACAAUACCAUUAGUUUGGGCGUUGAUUCGAGUAAUUACGUCCAUCAGUCCUUCCUCGCGCAUCUAUAUGAGUAAUGCAAAUUUCAAGAUUAGUUUCAGCUUUCUAGUUCUCUGCAUCCCCUUCAACUUUAAGCGGUCUGAGUGUUGCACCUGUUGAUGCAUGACAAGAUCAGUUUGAUCUAUAUCCUGAGGUAUUAUGUUCCGCAGCUCCCCAAGCACCUGAGUCAGUUUUAUGCUGUUAAAUCAAUAUCAUGUUUGUUUGACAAAAUGCAUACGGAGUUCUUGUGAUUCCCACCUUCUGCAUGACAUCAACCUCAAUUUGAUUGAUAAUAUGUGGAACAAUGCGCCCAAGCUCGUCAUGCAACUAAAACAGAUAGAUGAGACAUUAGUGAGCAGACAGUUGAGAUUUUUCAAGCAUAUUCAAGUCUUAGUUCUUGAUGCCAAACAAAGAAGAGCACGAAUCCCAGAGUAAAAUCUAUUCCAUUUGUGUUCUAAACUAGAGAAGAUCAAACAAACAAGGCAAUAUACCAGAUUGCUGACCAGGGGUUUCACCACCAAGCCAACAUACUGUAUUCCUAGAGCUUGCAUAAUCACCCUGGAAUAAGAAAUGCAGAUGGAAACACAAUUCGCCGGAAAAAGAUUUACUUGCUCAUGAGACAAUUUGGUGUAGUUUAGCUGAGAAGAAAAAUGAUGACAAGUAA